AUGAAUUCUGUUAUGUCUCAAGAAGAAAGUUACGCGGAUCGCAGGAAACUCUUCAAGAACAUUUGGGAUACAGCCAUGACAUUGGGCGAAAAAGACGCGCAUGACGUUGUUAGCAAGCCCAAAGUUAUCAAAACGUUGAGACUCGACGAGGUAGACCGAUGUCUGGUUGGCAAGAAAAAGAAGCAACGUCUCAAAAAUCUCCGAGCCGUCUGUAACAAGUUGUUGGAUUUCUGUGAUCGUCAAGACGCAGAUGAUUUAUUUUAUGAACAGAUGGCAGCCGAAGGCAAAGACGUGGUGGUGCGAGAGCCCGAACCUACCAUUCAAAUCAAAAAACCUAAGCCCAAAGCGAAAAAAAAAACUAUGAAAUCUAGGAGUGUAUUUGCGAGAGUAGCCACGCCUACUGCUCCGAAAACAUCAGCAUCCGAGCGUCAAGGCGACUUCAGUAGACGUGAAAAUUUACCAUCUUCCGGAAAUAACACACCCACAAGGCAAUCUAUUAACUAUAGACCAAGACCAAAUCUAAGUAACGAUCAUCAAUUGGAAAAUGUAAGGAAAGACAGGCAAGUAAACCAUAGACUCGUCAGGAACAAAGCAAGGCAGAAAGACUACGAUCUUCAGUUUCAAGAGGAUCUAGAGAAAGCGCAGGCUUUGAGUCUAGAAAGUCUAGCAUUGGAACAAUUCCGACGGCAGAAGCUGCUAGCGAAUUCAGAUAAUGUGCAAGACACGGGUAGUGCCAAUAUACGCCGUAAGGAGGAGUGUGAUGUACCUCCGCCAGCAUUGCCUCCACCGCCGAAGAAACCGCCACGACGAGCUUCUAGCACAGAAAAUUCAAGGUCUACAGGCACAAGCCCCACUCGUUCCGGUAGUAACGACCUAAUUUCCUUCACCAGCCCCACAAGUAAAAGUGCUCCAAAGGACGCUCAUGCUUAUCUCAAAGAAUAUAUCGACCAGAUAUCAAAACUGGGUCAACAAACUGAAGAGCUAACGAUAACAACACCCGAACAACCAACAACAAUGAACAACCAGUUCAACUCACGGCCGGGGUUCAAUUUCGUUCAAUACCCAUUCAAUUAUACCACACCGCCCUAUAUGCAAACGCCACCGUAUCCCACCACCUCGCCAUAUGGCAUGCCUUCCCCUGCUCCCCCACAAUAUCCAGCUUAUCCUCCUGGACCACAGGACCUUCCACCUCCAUAUGCACCUCCCAAUCCUCAAACUCCAGUAUAUGUUCCAACCAACGUCCCAUACACGCAGACGAGAAUGACAGCUCCACCAUACAUGCCCCCCUAUCCCCAAACUCAGUACAAUUACAACACAACUAACAUGAUUUCUAGACCAACAAGACCAGUCACCCUGUACCCGCAGCUUAAUCAAAUGCCCCCUUACCCCAUGCCUCAAAUGAUAGCACAAAAAAAGGAAAUGGAAAAUAAUAAUACGCAAAUUCCUAAUAUAGACCCAAGAGAUAAACCUCGGAAAACCUCAGAAGUUAGUGUUGAAUCAAACGAAGCAGCGGACACGGUCGGCAGUUUGCCAAAGUCAAGCAAUCUUAUAGACUUCGGCUUCAAGCCUAUUGGCCAAGGUAGCGUAAGAGUCAGUGUGUUGGAGGCCUUUGAUCCGCUUUUAACUGACCAAAGUCAUUCGGUGUAUGCAGUAGGUAGUGAAGCAUCCAGCGGUCGGAGCGUGUAUGAAGAUUAUGAUCCCUUGGACUUCCUGUACGGAGAAACGGAACUACGAGAAGCACCUGUGUACGGAACUGUAAAUAAACGCGAAACACCUGUACUGCCUUCUCCACCACCCAAGUCCAUACCUCCUGUACCCCCUGUAGUAAAACGACCGACAACUAAUAAACUCUACGACUGCAUAGAAAAAAUACACACGCGAAACUACGAUAGCGAGCAUAGAGCUUUCUUAAGAAUGGUUUUGGAUGUUAGAAGAAAGUUUACCUAUACUGAAGAUAAGUCGAACCCCGGCCACGUGAUAGCUGGUCGGUCUGGUGGCAAAUACCCGCCCAACACUAGCAUAAAGAUCCUAGUCUACAACACGCAUACAGACGAACCCAUCACAUUCACUUCUGAUGUGGAGUCCACAGUAGAGCACGUGAUACUAACAGUAGUUUGUUCCCUUGACGAGGUUAUAAGAGAUGAUAUGUCGGGUUACAUGCUAAGGGUGUGGGGUGCAAAGGAAUACUUAACUGCAGGCAGCUCGCUAAGUGAAUACGAUUAUAUUCGAGAGUGCGUUCGUUUAGAAAAGGAUGUAAGAUUGUGCCUAAGUGAAGGACGAGAUAGGUCGCUGGCUAGGACGGAAAGAGACGACGCGAAAGACUCACAUCUCACUUUAGAUGAUUUGAUACCGGUUCAAGGAACUGCACCAAUGCUCACGUUCGACAACUUGUCUAUAUUAUUGGAAACGCUCGAAGGCGAGUUGUCCCGGGCAAUUGGGGUAGUGGGCGCUGAGGGAUGUUGUUCUCCAAACGGCGUUUUUCAAGCGGUCAAAGCGAUUUGCGCUCUGGCUGGUAAUCUGGAAACACUACACGUCACACAUACGCUAAAUGCGUUUGCGCAGGCUUGUACUGCACAGGUAACAGGUGCCGUUAGACCAGAAAUCCAAUCAGACAAUGGCCCGUAUUGUUCCGUAUCAGUACGCGCGGCAAACGUGCGGGAAACGCUCGUUCAACAAUGCGUUCGUGUGAGAGAUGCUGUGCGAGGCUUAUUAGCCCUUUAUACCAGAACGAGUCUAUUGGACUUCAGAUUGCCAGACUCGCCCAUAUUAUCGCAUGAUCCAGCAAAAGCGGUACCGUCACACACGAUAACAGAAACGAUGCUAUUCUGCAUUGAAGCGGUCCAUUGUUUGCCACUUUGCUGGAACCACGACGAGUUCCUUUUCCACGCACAAAUAUACUACGGCACAAGAGCUCUGAAGACCCUUCAUUUAACUCACACAUCUGGAAUUGAAAACGGAGGCUUCUAUCCGAGGAUAAUAUUUGAUAUAUGGAUGAAUAUGGAAGAUAUACCCAUACAUACGUUGCCGAGAGAAUCACGACUCGUCCUAACACUAUACGGACGCACGCAGCGAACGGAUGCCCAUGAGUCGGACUCAAACGCUCAAGACGGAAGCGCAGUCGGCGAUGUGCAAUUUGAACAGAUCGAACUUGGAUGGGCCGCAAUACAGUUGUUCGAUUUUGAUGGAAUGCUCGUAUCAGGAAGUUACGUAGUACCAUUGUGGCCGAGUUACUGCGAUCGGCGGAUAGGACCAGCGCCGCAUCCUUCUGCCGUACCACCCUCACCCUAUCCUCUAGUCAAUAUAGAAAUCCCAUCAUACAAUCGUCUCGGUGUGAAGUGGGUUGAAGCCGAGGAGAAGUCAAUUUCGGUAGAAGAUCUUCCGUCCUUCGAUUCCUUGGAUGGUCACACGCAGUCACAACUACUCCAUCUCAUUGAGCAAGGAGCAUAUCAGAGGAUGCCAAUUGAAUGCAGAGAGAUAAUGUGGGAAAAGCGGCAAUACUUAGUAGAGCUGCCGGCAGCCAUGCCGUUAGUUCUACUAGCAGCAACCAACUGGUCCGGCGAACAACGAGCUCAACUGAUCGCUUUACUUCAUCUGUGGGAGAAACCGUCUCCACUAAACGCUAUGCAUCUUUUGCUGCCCUGUUUCCCCGAUUUAGACGUUCGAAAACUAGCCGGAGAAUUGAUUCAAGGGAUGUCGGACGACGAGUUUAUGCGUGUGUUACCACAGCUUGCGCAAGCGUUGCGCUACGAAACCUACGAAUGUAGCACUUUAGCAGAGGUUUUGUUGUCUCGAGCUCUCUCAGCGCCGGCUGUAGCCCACAAGCUCUUCUGGCUACUAGUGCACUCGUUACCAAAUGUGGCGCAGGCGCCUAAUGAAGAAUUCCUUGGCAUUAGUCUAGAAGAGAACGGCGCAGAGAGCGAUUCGGCCGACGGGAGCAUGGCAGGCGUAUGGCGGUAUAGAAUUAUGCUGAAGGCACUUCUUGCUAUAUGCGGCGAAGCCUUGAGGGAUACGCUGCUUAGGCAACAGAUGCUCGUUAAGAACGUUUCGGAAGUCGCCAUGUCUGUGAAGUGCGCGAAGGAAAAUUUGCGCCAGCGCGCUCUCUAUAUGGGCGGUGAGAAACUGGCAACAUUUCUUAGACAGGAGUCAGCUGCUCUGCCAUUCGCGCUGCACCGAUAUGUUCACGAUAUUGAUAUCAAAUCAUGUUCGUACUUUUCCUCAAACACACUGCCGUUGAAGAUCAAUUUCAUUGGAGUAGACCAGGCGGUAGUACCGGCUAUGUUUAAGGUGGGCGAUGAUCUUAGACAAGACGCGCUGGUGUUGCAAGUUAUCAAGGUGAUGGAUAGUCUAUGGUUAAACGCUGGCUUAGACCUCAGGAUUGUCACAUUCCAGGCUCUGCCCACUAGCAAUAAAAGAGGUAUGAUCGAAAUCGUGUCAGAAGCGGAGACACUACGCGCGAUACAGACUGAAUGGGGUCUAACUGGAUCGUUCAAGGACAAGCCCAUAGCUGAGUGGCUCGCCAAGCACAACCCUUCAGAGCUCGAGUACCAGCGUGCGAGGGACAAUUUUACUGCUUCCUGUGCGGGCUACAGUGUAGCAACGUACCUGCUAGGAAUCUGCGACCGACACAACGACAAUAUCAUGCUCAAGACAUCUGGACAUCUCUUCCAUAUCGACUUUGGGAAGUUCCUCGGCGAUGCGCAGAUGUUUGGCAAUUUUAAGCGUGAUCGAGCACCAUUUGUCCUGACUCACGAUAUGGCAUACGUCAUCAACGGUGGUGAAAGACCCACGCAGCGCUUCCAGCACUUCGUAGAGCUCUGCUGCAUGGCGUUCAACGUUGUGCGCGCGCAUCACGACCAUAUACUUGAUCUGUUUGCAUUGAUGGCAAUGUCAGGUGUUGCUGGUGUCACCAGCACCGCUGUCAACUACGUGCGCAGCGCUCUUUUGCCUGCUGCAACUAAUGCGGAGGCAGCAGCCGCGUUCGCCAGGCUAAUACACUCUUCACUUAAGAGCAAAUUUACACCAAUCAAUUUCUUCCUACACAACUUGGCUCAGCUGCGCGCGAGUGGAGAUCAGGGCAGUAACACUUCGGAACUACUAUCUUUUAUGCCUAGAACUUAUACUAUGGCUCAAGAAGGUCGCAUAGUCCGCGUAGAGUGCUUAAGCUAUGAGAAACGCUAUGACCCUGAAAAGCAUUACGUGUACGCGUUACGAGUGUACAGACAAGGCCAGGCCACGCCCUCUAUACUUUACCGCAGCUAUAAACACUUCACGGAGCUCUAUCAAAAAAUAUGCCUGCAUUUCCCACUAGCAAAGGUGCACAGGUAA